AUAUAUAUCCCUGGGACAUCUUAAUUUGCAUAUAUGACAUUUUACAAGGUACAUGCCUAUGAGAGAUCUAAUCGAGUUUACAACUACGAAUUGGAUCCUUGUGCCCCAAUCUAUAUAACUGUUGGCGACGGGGGUAAUAGGGAAAAUGUGGCGACUUCUCAUGCAGAUGACCCCGGCAACUGCCCCAACCCCUUAAGCACUUAUGAUAAGCACUUGGGUGGCAGCUUCUGUGCUACCAACUCCACCACGGGCCCUGCUGUAGGAAAAUUUUGCUGGGACCGUGAGCCUGAUUACAGCGCAUACAGAGAGAGCAGCUUCGGUCAUGGAAUCUUAGAGGUGAAAAAUGAAACUCAUGCAUUGUGGACAUGGCAUCGGAAUCAAGACAUGUACAACAGCGUGGGAGAUGAGAUUUAUAUCGUCCGGCAGCCCAACAAGUGCCCUGUGAGAUACGUGCUGCCCCAGUUUAAAUCCAAGAAUGUCUUGCCCAAUGACUUAUUCAGAAUAUGAAGGAACAUACUCCAGAUUGAUACUUGAGAUUAUACAGUGAAACAUAGUAGUAUAUAGGCAAUGUCCUGAACAGUGUGAAACUUACUAAAGAAGAAUUCUUUAUCGCUAUGUGUUAUCCCCUGUUUGGUUUGGAAUGGUACAGAUUAGUUGAGAUACAUCAGAGAGAGGGAGAGAGAUUUUCUUCAUGGGGAAACUAUUAAAGGAGAAUAAGCUUUUAGAUGUUAAUUUUGCCCCCCUUUUGAAUUGUGGAUGGAGGAGACGAGUAAUGAUUGAAUCAAUAAAAAUGUUGAUUCCUUUUCUGAGUCAA